AUGAACUUCCAAGUUUCGCCUAUAUUACAAAAUUCUAUCUCGUGGUCUGCAAAUUCUACAAAUGGUUCAUUCAUAGCGAAUAGAGAAUAUUUGGUUCGUAAUAAGGAAAAUUCGACAAUUCAGUUUUCAGAAAAUCCAAAAGGUUCAUACAGUAAUGGAAAUACUUUAAAUGUUGAUAGACAAGUUUCUGCUAGAUGCACUUCAAUUCCUCGCUAUAAUUCUAAUUUCUGCAAAUACUCAACUCCCAAUAUUCUAAAUUCGAAUUCUAAGAGGUUUAUAAUUGGAAUCCCAAAAACAAAUAUAUUAUCUCAUGUUAAUCCUGUAUUGAGUCGUUCAGUGAGCUUUUCAUCUGCUAAUAGUCAAUUAGUGCAAAAUUCCAGGAAUUACCUUGAAAAGCCUAUACCUUCAUCUAUAUCUUCUGUGGGUUCUCAACCCUCUAUUAAGGGGGUUAAUACUCAAAAUUCAAGUUCUACAAAUAUUAAUAAUACUUUUGGUUCGGCUAAUAAAACUAGUUUGUCUAAUACUUCACUGAAAAUUCCUCCUAGACAGAUAUCAUAUACAGCACGUCAGCCCUCUGUAUCUGCAAAGAUAAAUCCUAUAAGCUCGAAACACAAUAAUGCAAACUUGAAAAUUCCAUUUAUUCGAUUACCUUCUAUUUCAUCACGAUCUUAUAUUCAUAGUAUUUCAUCUCAACACUUACCAAUUCCUUAUGUAAAUAAAUCUGCAGGUAUAUCUAGUGCAAAUUUUGCAUAUACUUCAUCUUUUAAAUCUUCUGAGACUCCUAACCAAAGUUUAGAUGUAAUUAAUGGUAAAUCACUGAUUUCAAAUAACAAAUUAAUAUAUAGGGGGUUUGAAGAUGUCAAUAAGAGAAAUUACAUACUUGAGAUAACAGAUGUAGAAAUUAACAUUCAAGACAUUAAAUUGAAAAAGUUGCUGGGAAGAGGUGCAACAAGUCUAGUAUACUUAGCUAUAUGGAGAGGAACUGAUGUAGCUGUUAAAUUAUUGGGAAAUUUAGCAGAUUUCCAAAAUGUAGAGAAGGAAAGUGAGAUACCUUGUCUGAUAAGCAAUGAAAAAAAUUCGCUGCGAUUAAAAGAAUUUGAAGGUGAGGUAAAUAUAAUGAAACAUGUAAGGCAUCCAAAUAUUAUACUUUAUAUGGGUGGAAAUAUUAGGUCUAAUCCACCUUUCGUUGUAACUGAGUAUUGUGCAGGUGGUUCUUUGUUUAACUUGUUGUAUGGAAUGUCUCGACAUAAUCAAGAGUCAGAUCAAGUAACAUUUACCGGUCCAUCUUUUAAGCUGACUAUAUAUCAAAGACUAAAAAUUUUACUUGAUAUUGCAAGAGGGAUUUAUUUUUUACACUCUUCAGAUCCACCUAUUGUUCACCGAGAUAUUAAGUCUUUAAAUAUACUCUUAGCAUAUCCUGUGGAUAAUCAAAAUGAUGUCCCAUUGGCAAAAGUUGGCGAUUUAGGUCUAUGUAAACAUGCUUCAAAUGGUAAUGAAGGAAGUUAUUGUGGAAAUAAAAUAGAAAAUGUUGUUGGUACAUACCAAUGGAUGGCACCUGAAGUCAUCACAAAUCAAAUAUACAACACAUAUAUUGAUGUAUAUAGUUUUGGAAUGAUCAUUUACGAACUUGUAACUAACAAGACACCUUUUCUUGAAUUUGGGGUUAAUGUUGAUCCUGAUAUCUUAGUUAGUGAAAUUAUCAAGGGCACACGACCAUGCAUGGAUUAUAUUAUUGAAAAUAUACCUCAAGAAAUUAUCAAACUUAUGCAGAGUUGCUGGGAUCAAGUACCAUUAAAUAGACCAAACAUGAUGGAUGUUAUUAGUGAUUUAAUUCUGUUAAUAAAUAAAUCUCAUUCAACACAAAAUAUUUAG